AUAGAGGUCGCAGAGGAGCGCGCGUAAAACGGUGGGAAACGCUGCGAGGAGGCAUCCACACAGGGAGAUAAUUUCCCUUUCCCUUCAACGACCUCUUUACGCUUCCAUCUGGACACGAUGGCCAACACCGGACUGCAGCUGCUCGGGUUCUUCCUCUCGCUGGCCGGCCUCGCCGCCACUGUCGGCGCCACCUUGAUGGUCGAAUGGAAGAAGCAGUUCCAGGGCGAGACGCACCGCAUCUUCGAGGGCUUGUGGAUGAGCUGCAGUGGCAACGAGAGAACGACCUGUGAAUUUCACCAGUACCUCCUGAAGCUGCCGACUGAGGUCCAGGCCACCAGGGCCGUCAUGAUGCUCAGCAUAUUCCUCUCGGCUGUGGCCCUGUUGGUGUCCCCAGUGGGGAUGAAGUGCACCCGCUUCAUGGACGGCAACGAGGAGAGCAAAUCCACGACAGCUAUGGUCGGAGGAAUCAUGUUAAUGGUUGCAGGAUUAUUGACCCUCAUCAUAACAUCCUGGUAUGUUAAAAUGAUUGUUCAGAUCUUCGACUCCAAUCACCUGCAGAGCUUUGAGUUCGGUAACGCGGUGUUCGUCAGCUGGGCCGGCGGCAUCCUCACGAUGGCCGGCGGUGCUUUCCUGGGCUGCCGGAGAUGCUCGCGGUCCCAGUCCACCGGCUCCAUCAGCUCCAACCUCCUCUCCACCACCCACCCAAAGUCCAACUACGUCUAGGGGAGGAGAGCGCUGGAUUUACCAACAGCAGCAGGUGGUGUUUCUACAAUGAGGACAAAUCAGGAUUAUAAAUACUCAACACCACCUGCUGAACUUCAAGUUAGUGACCAGGAUCAGGAUUACACCAAAGAUCAAGCAGCUUGUUCUCAUUUUGAAUCCCAUUUCAUGCAGUAGCUUGAAUAUUCUCCCUUUCACCAUAAAACGGGUUCGGUUGUCACUUAGGUGCUGUCAGUCACAGUCAGCUGUUGGUUCCAUCGAGAGAAAUACAAGUAAGGGUUCCAUUCUUAAUUGAAUACAACAAAUGGAAAUAUUAAAAGAAGAAGUGCGCAAUGUGGUGCAGGACUCUUGAGUCUUAGAAACCCACAGAAAUCCUGUUGGCUUCGUACCGAGGGAACAUGUGCGAUGCUCCACAAGAACAAAUCCUUAUUUCAAUAGUUUGCACUGUAGACACAAAGCUUUGACACUUGCAAAGAUUGAUUUUAACGGUGUACAUUGUUGUACAGUUCAUUCCUCUUCAGCUUCACACUGGGUUUUAAUAUAGAAUGUUUGUGCGAUGUUGUUCGUCCGUUUUUAUAUUGCCUUGUCGUACUUUAAUGUCAUUUUGCAGAAUAAAAAUAAUGUAGAAACAUUCUGUCAACGUUUUGAAUAGAAAAA